AUGUUUUUGAUGUUGUUGAAAGAUUCAUGGAGGACUGUUCUGACACUGGCAUAUCAGAGUCUUGGAGUUAUUUAUGGAGAUUUAAGCAUUUCACCUUUAUAUGGAAUGGGAAUUCCUGUUGGAGAGUUUUCUCUAUAUACUGCAUUAGGAGGUGUUCGCCCUUCAUCGUGCUUGCCUAUAACGAUUGAUGUUGGCACAAAUAAUGAGAAGUUGCUGAAUGAUGAGUUUUACAUUGGCCUUAGACAGAAGCGAGCAACUGGGAAGGAAUAUGCGGAGCUUCUAGACGAGUUUAUGCAUGCAGUUAAGCAGAAGAAUGGAGAGAAAAUUCUUUUUGAAGAGUUAGCCAAUCAUAAUGCGUUCGAUCUUCUGGAUAAAUAUAGCUCGUCGCAUCUUCUUUUCAAUGAUGAUAUACAUGGUACAGCUUCUGUGGUAUUAGCAGGAUUGCUUGCUCCCCUUAAGUUAAUCGGAGGAACCUUAUCUGAUCACACAUUCUCCGUAAGGGAAAUUCUUACUCCUAUAUUUUGGUUAUUGAAGGCUGGAACUGGUAUAAAAGAGUUGAUAGCUCUUGAGAUUUCAAAGCAGAGUGGUGGAAACAAAGCUGGAAAAUGUGAUGAUAUGGAAUCUCCUACACUGGCACCAAGUAAUGUUGCAAGUGACAUCAGUGUAGGGAAGAAAAUUGUAUUGGCUUUUCAGACUCUUGGUGUUGGAUUUGGUGAUGUCGGAACAAGAUCUAUUUUAUACAUAGAGAAGGAAUUUCAUUUAGAAAGUGAACCCACCCUGGAAGGUCUUAUUGUCGCUAUGUCACUUAUUGGAGCCACCGUCGUUACUACAUGCUCCGGUGCCCUAUCAGACUUGCUUCUCCAGGACGUGGUAUUUUGGCCAUGGAUGAAUCCAAUGCUAUAUGUGGAGAGCGGUUGA